GGUGAGCCAAAACCAGCAAGGCGAGUUUGUUGGCUCUGCGGCUAAGGCCGUAACGCCAAUCUCAACUAUUCAACCAUCCAACCUAUUGACCAUCACUUUGACUACACAGGGCUCGCCGUUGAGGAUGACAUCAUGGAGAAUGCACGUUUUGUUCUCCCUUAACAUCCUAUGCACCAUGGUCGCCGCAAACGGAGAAUCAGAUUUGGAUGCAUCUGCUUUUGAUGUCGAGCUGCCAUGGCCUUUGUCUGGCGAAGUUUUGGGCUAUAUCGGAUGUUUGGUGGCGGCUGUCUUUUACGGAAGUCAGUACAUCCCCUUGAAAAAGGUGGAGACGGGCGAUGGCAUGUUCUUCCAGUGGGUGAACUGUCUGGCAAUCUGGCUGGUGGGUUUCCUGGGGAACCAAAUCCUCCACUCACCGGCUGUGCAUCCAUUGGCCAUGUUGGGUGGAGCCAUCUGGGCUACAGGUAACAUUACUGCGAUUUCCAUCAUAAAGUCUGUUGGUCUGGGCCUGGGUGUCCUGUUGUGGGGGUCCACUGGACUGCUGAUGGGGUGGGCCAGCUCAAGGUUUGGUUGGUUUGGCAUUGGCACACAGGAGGUGUCCAGGCCCGUGCUGAACUACUGUGGCGCAGCCCUCUGUCUGUUCAGCUUGUGCAUGUUCCUCUGCGUGAAGAGUAAUAUAGAGCCCCAGAUCAGACACAGGAUGUCCCAAAUACCAGAGGCGUCCCCCCUCCUCAUAGACCGGAGACUGAACCCUGACUACUGUGAUGACUCUGGGGCAUGGUUGGACUCCAUCUCCCCCAAGUCCAAACGCCUCCUAGGUUGCUCGCUGGCUGUCAUAGCUGGAAUCUUUUACGGCUUCACAUUUGUGCCUCUCCUCUACAUCAAGCACCAGGCCUUGGUCAACGGCAGCAUGUUCGCAGGGGCCAGCCAGAACGAUCUCGACUACUGCUUUGCACAGUAUAACGGGAUCUUCCUGACAAGUACUUUAUACUUCCUGAUCUACUGUGUGGCCAUGAAGAACAAACCUUGCCUAUACCCCCGAGCCGUCCUCCCAGCGUUCCUGAGCGGGAUCAUGUGGGGAUUAGCCACAUACUCCUGGUUUAUGGCCAACACCUACCUGAACACAAUCAUCACCUUUCCUAUUGUGACUGCCGGUUACAGCCUUGUAGCAGCAAUGUGGGGAAGUGUGGUCUUUAAAGAAGUUCGGGGUCUGGCCAACUGCCUUGUGUUUAUUUUGGCUGCUGCGGUGGUCUUGACUGGAACUGUGCUGACUGCCCUCUCCAAGAUGUAAUAGCUGUUCUCCAGAUGACCAGCAGAGGUCACUGUAGCUCUGGUGUCUUCUCAGUCACCUCUGGACCCUCUGUGGUGAGAUUACCUCUUCAGUUGCUGCUGCUGACCACUCACGUGAAGAGAGCAGACUACUGGAAGCCCUGGCUGUCCAAACAGUGUGUGUGUGCGUGGUCAAUUUAAAGUGAUGUUUGGGGGAAAAAUAAGUUAAAGUGAAAGAGUUGGUGUUGGUGUUUACAAUGAAAUAAAACAUUUAUAAUCAAA